CGCAAACACAACCCCCCCCCCCCCCCCAAUCCUUUUCUUUUUCCUUUUGUUUCUUGGGAUUCUGAAAAUCUCAUUAAAUGGUCUUUACUUUCUCACCCCAGACCCAAUCUCUGCAUUCAUUUCACAAUUCUAGGAGAUUUUAAUUGCUCUUUUUUUUUUAAUCUUGCUUUUAAUUUGAGUACCCUUUUGUUAAGCUGCUGCCGCUGCUGCUGUUGGCUGUUAGAAACAAAACAUGGGUGGUGACAAAGCCAUCAGUCUUGAAGAGAUCAAGAACGAGACUGUUGAUCUGGAAAAAAUCCCAAUCGAGGAAGUGUUUGAGCAGCUGAAAUGUACCAGAGAAGGAUUGACGUUGGAAGAGGGAGCCAACAGGCUUCAGAUUUUUGGACCCAACAAGCUAGAAGAGAAAAAGGAAAGCAAAAUUCUCAAGUUUAUGGGGUUCAUGUGGAAUCCCUUGUCAUGGGUCAUGGAAGCUGCUGCCAUCAUGGCCAUUGCUUUGGCUAAUGGUGAUCGGAAGCCCCCAGAUUGGCAAGACUUUGUUGGUAUUGUUUGUCUGUUGGUAAUUAACUCCACCAUCAGUUUCAUUGAAGAAAACAAUGCUGGCAAUGCCGCUGCUGCUCUUAUGGCUGGUCUUGCCCCAAAAACCAAGGUGCUUAGGGAUGGCAAAUGGUGUGAGCAAGAAGCAGCAAUUCUGGUUCCAGGAGACAUCAUUAGCAUUAAAUUGGGAGACAUCAUCCCCGCAGAUGCCCGUCUUCUUGAAGGUGAUCCCUUGAAGGUUGAUCAAUCUGCCCUAACAGGUGAAUCACUUCCCGUGACCAAGAAUGCUGGGGAUGAAGUCUUCUCUGGUUCAACUUGCAAACAGGGUGAAAUUGAGGCUGUUGUUAUUGCUACCGGUGUUCAUACCUUCUUUGGGAAGGCUGCACAUCUUGUGGAUAGCACCAACCAAGUGGGACACUUCCAAAAGGUGCUCACAGCUAUUGGAAACUUCUGUAUUUGUUCCAUUGCCAUCGGUAUGUUGGUUGAGAUCAUAGUCAUGUAUCCCAUUCAGCACCGCAAGUACAGGGAUGGUAUCGACAAUCUAUUGGUUCUCUUGAUUGGUGGUAUUCCCAUUGCUAUGCCCACUGUUUUGUCUGUGACCAUGGCCAUUGGAUCUCAUAGGCUGUCUCAGCAGGGUGCUAUCACCAAGCGUAUGACUGCCAUUGAAGAAAUGGCUGGUAUGGAUGUCCUUUGUAGUGAUAAGACAGGAACAUUGACACUUAACAAGCUGAGUGUUGAUAAAAACUUGAUUGAGGUGUUUGUAAAGGAUGUGGAUAAGGAGCAUGUUGUCCUGCUUGCUGCAAGGGCCUCUAGAACUGAAAAUCAAGAUGCCAUUGAUGCUGCCAUAGUUGGAAUGCUUGCUGACCCUAAGGAGGCAAGAGCUGGUAUUACAGAGGUUCACUUCUUCCCUUUCAAUCCUGUGGACAAGAGAACUGCUUUGACUUACAUUGAUUCCAAUGGCAACUGGCUUCGAGCAAGCAAAGGUGCUCCUGAACAGAUCUUGGCCCUUUGCAAUGCAAAAGAAGAUCUUAAGAAGAAGGUUCAUUCUAUUAUUGACAAGUUUGCAGAUCGUGGUCUUCGGUCGUUAGCUGUUGCAAGACAGCAAGUGCCAGAAAAAACAAAAGAAAGUGCUGGUACUCCAUGGCAAUUUGUUGGUUUGUUGCCUCUGUUUGAUCCUCCAAGGCAUGACAGUGCAGAAACCAUUCGCAGAGCUCUUAAUCUUGGUGUUAAUGUCAAGAUGAUCACGGGUGAUCAACUAGCCAUAGCAAAGGAGACUGGCCGCAGACUUGGAAUGGGAACAAACAUGUAUCCAUCUGCUUCUUUGCUAGGUCAAGACAAGGAUGCAAGCAUAGCAGCUCUUCCUGUGGAAGAGUUGAUUGAGAAGGCAGAUGGGUUUGCUGGCGUCUUUCCAGAGCACAAAUACGAAAUUGUGAGGAAGUUGCAGGAGAGGAAGCACAUUUGUGGAAUGACUGGAGAUGGUGUUAAUGAUGCUCCUGCUUUAAAGAAGGCGGAUAUCGGUAUUGCUGUGGCUGAUGCUACAGAUGCCGCACGAAGUGCUUCAGAUAUUGUUCUUACAGAACCUGGACUGAGUGUCAUUAUCAGUGCAGUGUUAACUAGCAGAGCUAUUUUCCAGAGGAUGAAGAACUACACUAUCUAUGCAGUCUCCAUCACAAUCCGUAUUGUGUUUGGGUUUAUGCUUAUUGCUCUCAUCUGGAAGUUUGACUUUUCUCCAUUCAUGGUUUUGAUCAUUGCCAUUCUAAAUGAUGGAACUAUUAUGACAAUCUCAAAGGACAGAGUAAAGCCAUCUCCCUUGCCUGAUAGCUGGAAACUGAAAGAAAUUUUUGCCACUGGAAUUGUUCUUGGAGGCUACUUGGCAUUAAUGACUGUCAUAUUCUUCUGGGCUGUGCAUGAUACUGACUUCUUUUCGGACAAAUUUGGCGUUAGGUCUCUAAGGGACAAGGAGUAUGAAAUGACGGCUGCUUUAUAUUUACAAGUGAGCAUUGUGAGCCAGGCUUUAAUUUUUGUGACUAGAUCACGUAGCUGGUCAUAUGUUGAGCGUCCUGGACUGCUAUUGGUUUCUGCAUUCAUUAUUGCACAGCUGGUCGCUACUGUGAUUGCUGUAUAUGCUAACUGGGGAUUUGCAAGGAUUAAAGGAAUUGGAUGGGGAUGGGCUGGUGUCAUAUGGCUUUACAGUGUUGUUUUCUACAUUCCACUGGAUCUAAUGAAGUUUGCCAUUCGUUACAUCUUAAGCGGAAAAGCUUGGCUCAACUUGCUAGAAAAUAAGACUGCAUUCACCACCAAGAAAGAUUAUGGAAAGGAAGAGAGAGAAGCUCAAUGGGCUCUUGCUCAAAGGACAUUGCAUGGGCUUCAACCACCAGAAACUACUAACCUCUUCACUGACAAGAGCAGCUAUAGAGAGUUGUCCGAGAUUGCUGAGCAGGCGAAGAGACGUGCAGAGGUUGCAAGGCUUCGAGAGCUUCAUACCCUCAAAGGGCAUGUCGAGUCAGUGGUGAAGCUGAAGGGGCUGGACAUUGAUACCAUCGAGAAGCAUUAUACAGUUUAGAAACUGGAACAAUGCUUGAAAGCUAAGGUUGCAGUUAAAUGAAAUAUGCAGGCCAUGAAGAGAAAGGAGAACUGAUUAGUUUAAACUUCCUAGAUAGGGACAACAUGUAUGGGGUAUAAUUUUCGUCUCCUGUUUACUUUUUCCUUUCUUAUGUAAUACAAGGCUGGAAGAAAGGGUUGUGUUUGGUCAUUUCUUGCUCCAAUAAGGAGCCAUGUAAUGUUCCAUGUUGCACAGUUUCUGGCUUCGAAAUCUACUUUUACCUUGGGUUUUCUAUGGUC